GAAGCAAGAUGGGUUUUCGCUGAGGAAUUUGUCCGACACCUUGAUCAAUACAAAUCCAUGUUUGACCUUCCGGACUACGCUGGAAACCUCAAUAGCGUGUACAACCAGUUCACCAGCCUCCUUGGAAGUAUCCGAGAUGAAGCAAAUGAGGAGUCAGAAGAGGAAGGCCUUGAUGAUGCUGUCACAAAAACUAGGGCGUAGGCUGCGUGUGUGUCAUGAUGUCAAAGACUUGCGGGGUUAUUAUCAACUUGUCAAUGAGAUUGGUGGGGAUGGGAUGUCCGAUGAGGAGACGGAUCCUGAAGAUAUGAAGGUGCUUCCCAGAAAGCGAUGUGGCGUCAUUGUCCGAGAACCCCGCUAUCGAUCCGCGAAAUACCGGGCGUUUAUGCGUCUGCUGGAUUCAAUACAAAAAGUACAAGAUGAAUCCACUUUGAUCAAACCCAUUAAGACCACAGGCGCUUCAACCCGCACCAAGGACUGUAACCAACAUGCUCGUCGUAUCACUCCGACAGGCUUACCAAAGCUGCUCUACUCGGAUGAAUUCAUCAAGGAGGUUGAGGAAUCCACAGGCUUUGACCUAAAGUAUACAGACAGAUGGAGCAAACUCGAAUUUCCCCCCAAGCUACCCCACGCACUCCUAAAAAACUUGAAGAUAACCGAGGAUGAGCUUAAAAGAAUGUUUGAUUGCUAA